AGCCACAAGAGGCAGAGACAACGCUUUUUGUCUCAUCUCAUUCUGUUCCUCACUCACCUAUCAUCAUAACUUGAUAAUUCCUAUCCACUCUUUUCUUAUAAACCCUCAAAACAAUUUUGUAACUUGGAUCUACAAACCGGCAAAACAUUCGUGCCUUCUUCUUUUCUUUUCGAGAUUCAUCUUCCGGAUUAGCCGUCUAAACAAAACCGUACGUGAUCACUCUUCUUUUAUACAAAUCUUCAGAUUCUUCUAGUCCUCUGUUUUGUAAAAAAUGGUGUGUGUGGUCUCUCGUACGGGUCGUCAAUUCCAAAGAUACAACAAGGGACGCCGUCAAGUCGUCGGGUGUAUUCCGUAUAGGCUCAAAAUUUCGAGCGAUGGCACAAUCAGCGACGAUUUUGAAGUUUUGGUCAUCUCAUCACAGAAGGGUCACGCUCUGAUGUUCCCAAAGGGUGGUUGGGAGCUUGAUGAAUCUGUAGAAGAAGCUGCUUCAAGAGAAUCUCUGGAAGAAGCUGGAGUUAUGGGAAACGUUGAGAGACAACUUGGAAAAUGGGAUUUCUUGAGCAAAAGCAGAGGAACAUUCUAUGAAGGAUUAAUGUUCCCAAUGCUUGUGACAGAAGAGCUUGAUCUUUGGCCUGAACAACAUCUUAGGCAAAGAAUGUGGAUGAAAGUAGAUGAAGCAAGAGAAGCUUGUAGAGAUUGGUGGAUGAAGGAAGCGUUAGAUGUUUUGGUCCACAGGCUUUCUUCAUCAACAUCAACUAAGCCUAUGGAAGAAGACAAGACCAUUCCAUUGGUCUCUAUCUUCUGACAAGAAAACAAAUCUGAGACGUGCUCUUGAUCACUUUUAGUCUGAUCUUUGUAAAUAACAUCAUCUUACGCCAUAGCAAGACUACUUCAUGUGAACUCGACCGAUAAGAAACGUGGGGAUUAGUUUCCAAAGACUAAUGUUUUGUGAUUGUUGUUAUAAUCCUUGUGCAACUGCUUAGGAUGAGAGGAAGAAGAUGAAAAUCAGGGAUGCAAACAAAAAAUUGUAUAGUUAUGUUUCUUCUCUCU